CAGUUGAGGAAGAGUAGGCAGGACUGGGCCUUGGCUGCACGCAGCGCAAACACACCAAGACAGAGCCAGCGGGGUUCGAGGCGGAGGAGUUCUGGCUGGGCAACGGAUCAGAGGGAACAGAGAGGGGAUAUAGUAGUGGUAACAGAGAAGGAACUGAGGUUUGACAUGAUGUUACGUAAGUUUGGGCCACAGAUAUGCACAGAUUUAAUGCAUUGUGAGACUGACUGAUGCAGUCAGAUAACGGGGAAGUAGACAAAAGGAAAGGACACAAAGUGAGAAGGUAGAAAGGAUUUGGUGGACUAUAUAUCCCCAUUCAGUUCUAAAAAUAUGUGAAGAAAGAUCAGGACGUUCAAGUAUAGCUGCGAAUUUAAAAUCUGACUUGGACUGUAACCAUGGGAAAUGCAGCAACAUGUCAGGCUUGUGGAUCAGAUAAAGCCUUAAAGACCACUGGGAGUGUCAAUGAUAUAAACCAACAGAGUGACUACUACCAGGCUGCUGACUCUGGAUCUGCAGUUGAUGGUUUACUGUCCGACAGCAACACCAGUUUCCUUCGGGCUGCCAGAGCGGGGAACAUCGACAAAGUCCUGGAGUUCCUGAAAAAUGGAGUAGACAUCAGCACCUGUAACCAGAAUGGUCUCAAUGCAUUACACCUGGCAGCUAAGGAGGGACACAAGGAUUUAGUGGAGGAACUGCUGCAGAGAGGAGCUUCUGUUGACUCUUCCACAAAGAAAGGAAACACUGCUCUCCAUAUCGCCUCACUGGCUGGACAGAAAGAGGUAGUCAGACUGUUGGUGAACAGAGGAGCAGAUGUCAAUGCUCAGUCACAGAAUGGCUUCACUCCACUCUACAUGGCAGCGCAGGAGAAUCACUUGGAGGUGGUACGAUACCUGCUGGAAAAUGAAGGGAACCAAAGCAUUGCAACAGAAGAUGGCUUCACUCCACUUGCUAUCGCACUCCAGCAGGGCCACAACUCGGUUGUCUCCCUGCUGUUGGAGCACGACACCAAGGGUAAAGUCCGCUUGCCGGCGCUGCACAUUGCAGCCCGCAAAGACGACACCAAGAGUGCUGCUCUCCUGCUCCAGAAUGAUCACAACGCUGAUGUCCAGUCCAAGAUGAUGGUCAAUAGAACCACAGAGAGUGGGUUCACCCCUCUGCACAUCGCAGCUCACUAUGGUAAUGUGAAUGUCUCCACCCUGUUGCUGAACAGAGGAGCUGCUGUCGACUUCACGGCCAGGAAUGGAAUAACACCUCUUCACGUGGCUUCCAAGAGAGGAAACACCAACAUGGUAGCCCUGUUGUUGGACCGAGGGGGUCAGAUAGAUGCUAAAACAAGGGAUGGUCUGACACCACUGCAUUGUGCAGCCAGGAGUGGACAUGACCCAGCAGUGGAAAUUCUGCUGGAGAGAGGAGCUCCCAUCUUAGCCCGAACCAAGAAUGGACUGUCCCCAUUGCACAUGUCAGCCCAGGGAGACCACAUAGAGUGUGUGAAACUGCUGCUGCAACACAAGGCGCCUGUUGAUGAUGUCACACUCGACUACCUCACAGCGCUGCACGUCGCCGCUCACUGUGGCCACUACAGAGUCACCAAGCUGCUCCUGGACAAGAAGGCCAAUCCUAAUGCGAGAGCACUGAAUGGUUUUACUCCCCUCCACAUUGCUUGUAAGAAGAACAGAGUGAAGGUGAUGGAACUCCUUGUCAAAUACGGCGCCUCAAUCCAGGCAAUUACUGAGUCUGGUCUGACUCCCAUCCAUGUAUCUGCCUUCAUGGGUCACCUCAACAUUGUUCUACUUCUGCUGCAGAAUGGAGCCUCUCCGGAUGUCCGCAACAUCCGUGGUGAGACAGCUCUCCACAUGGCAGCACGGGCAGGUCAGAUGGAAGUGGUUCGCUGUUUGCUGAGAAACGGAGCGUUGGUGGAUGCCAUGGCCAGGGAGGACCAGACUCCCCUCCACAUUUCAUCCCGUUUAGGGAAAACGGAUAUUGUCCAGCUACUGCUACAGCACAUGGCCCACCCGGAUGCUGCCACCACCAACGGCUACACUCCUCUACACAUUUCAGCCAGAGAGGGCCAAGUGGAGACUGCUGCUGUGCUUCUGGAGGCCGGAGCCUCACAUUCGAUGGCCACCAAGAAAGGAUUCACUCCAUUACAUGUAGCAGCAAAAUAUGGAAGCCUCGAUGUAGCAAAACUUCUCCUUCAACGCAAAGCUCUUCCUGAUGAUGCUGGCAAGAACGGCUUAACUCCUCUACAUGUGGCAGCUCAUUAUGACAACCAAGAGGUGGCUCUGUUGCUGCUGGACAAAGGAGCAUCACCUCACGUUACUGCAAAGAAUGGCUACACUCCACUGCACAUUGCAGCCAAAAAGAACCAGACGAACAUUGCUUUAGCGCUGCUGCAGUAUGAAGCAGAGACCAACGUUCUGACCAAGCAGGGGGUCAGCCCUCUACACCUGGCAGCCCAGGAAGGACACGCUGAGAUGGCCAGCCUGCUGCUGGGCAAAGGAGCGCACGUCAACACUGCCACCAAGACUGGACUGACUCCUCUACAUCUCACAGCCCAAGAGGACAGAGUCAAUGCAGCAGAAGUACUGGCCAAACAUGAUGCCAACUUGGACCAACAGACUAAACUCGGAUAUACCCCUCUGAUUGUGGCCUGUCAUUAUGGAAAUGUCAAGAUGGUUAACUUCCUGCUACAGCAAGGUGCCAGCGUCAACGCCAAAACCAAGAAUGGUUACACACCCCUGCACCAGGCAGCUCAACAAGGCAAUACACACAUAAUCAAUGUUUUGCUGCAACACGGGGCCAAACCCAACGCUACUACAGUGAAUGGAAACACUGCUCUGUCCAUCGCCAGACGUCUGGGUUACAUCUCAGUGGUGGACACGCUGAAAGUCGUCACUGAGGAGGUCAUCACUACCACAACGACGGUGACAGAGAAACACAAGCUCAACGUUCCAGAGACUAUGACUGAGAUCCUUGAUGUGUCUGAUGAAGAAGCUCUGAGGCUGGACGAUGAGCCAUUAUCUGAAAUGACUGUGGAGUUGGAAGGUGAGGACACUAUGACAGGUGAUGGAGGAGAGUAUCUGAGAGCAGAGGACCUCCGAGAUCUGGGAGAUGACUCUCUGCCAGGACACUAUCUGGACAGCUUCAGCUAUAUGAGCCACAACCUGGACAGGCCCCAACACACUCCCAUUCACCAAAGUUUCCAUCAGAGAGACGGUGUUCUCAUCGAAGACAUGUUCACAAGCCACCAGGUGUCAGCGCUGUCUAGAGAGCACGAAAAGGACUCGUACCGUCUCAGCUGGGGUGCCGAACACCUUGAUAAUGUUAUGCUGUCCUCCAGUCUGCUACACUCUGGCCGUUCCUCUCCAUGCCUAGACCAUGACAACAGCAGCUUCCUGGUCAGCUUCAUGGUAGACGCCAGAGGCGGAGCUAUGCGUGGAUGCCGUCACAAUGGCCUGCGAAUCAUUGUGCCACCAAGAAAGUGUUCUGCUCCCACCCGGGUGACAUGCAGGUUGGUGAAGAGACAUCGUCUGGCCUCCAUGCCUCCCAUGGUGGAGGGUGAAGGGCUGGCUGGUCGCAUCAUAGAAGUGGGACCCACCGGAGCUCAGUUCCUGGGUAAGCUCCACCUUCCUACAGCUCCACCCCCUCUGAAUGAGGGUGAGAGCCUGGUCAGUCGCAUCCUGCAGCUGGGUCCUCCAGGAACCAAGUUCCUCGGGCCUGUGAUUGUUGAAAUCCCCCAUUUUGCCGCUCUGAGGGGCACUGAGAGAGAGCUGGUGAUCCUGAGGAGUGAAACAGGGGAGAGCUGGAAAGAACACCAUUGUGACUUCACUGAAGAAGAACUAAACCAGAUACUAAAUGGCAUGGAUGAAAAACUUGACUCACCUGAGGAGCUUGAGAAGAAAAGAAUAUGCCGCAUCAUCACCAGAGACUUCCCACAGUAUUUUGCCGUGGUGUCCAGGAUAAAGCAGGACAGUCACCUGAUUGGUCCAGAGGGUGGAGUCCUCAGUAGUACUCUAGUGCCACAGGUCCAGGCUGUCUUCCCCGAAGGAGCCCUGACUAAGAAGAUUAGAGUUGGGCUACAGGCUCAGCCCAUUGAUGUUGAGAUGGUGAGAAAGAUUCUUGGAAACAAAGCCACAUUCAGCCCGAUCGUCACAUUGGAGCCAAGACGGAGGAAGUUCCACAAACCAAUCACAAUGACAAUCCCCAUUCCCAAGAGCUCCAACAGUGACGGAUCGAGUGCAAUGUUCAGUGGAGAGACCCCCACUUUACGUUUGCUUUGCAGUAUUACAGGUGGAACCACUCCAGCCCAAUGGGAGGACAUCACCGGCUCCACACCACUCACCUUUGUUAACCAAUGUGUUUCCUUUACCACAAAUGUGUCAGCAAGGUUUUGGCUGAUAGACUGCAGACAGAUCCAGGAGUCUGUUAGUUUUGGCUCUCAGCUGUACAGAGAAAUCAUCUGUGUCCCAUACAUGGCUAAGUUUGUCAUUUUUGCUAAGACACUGGACCCCAUCGAGGCACGUCUGCGCUGUUUCUGCAUGACAGACGACAAAAUGGACAAAACAUUAGAGCAGCAGGAGAACUUCACUGAAGUCGCCCGCAGCCGAGAUGUAGAGGUGCUGGAGGGAAAGCCUAUAUUUGCAGACUGCUUUGGAAACCUGGUGCCUCUUACGAAGAGUGGACAGCACCAUGUGUUCAGUUUCUUUGCCUUCAAAGAGAACAGACUGGCCCUCUUUAUUAAAAUUAGAGACACAGCACAGGAGCCAUGUGGUCGCUUGUCCUUCACAAAGGAACCUCGCACAUACCGCAGUCUUAACCACAAUGCUAUCUGCAACCUUAACAUCACCCUCCCAACAUACUCAAAGGAGUCUGAUUCAGACCAAGAUGCAGAUGAUGAGAGUGAAAAGAGUGACAAGAAAUAUGAUGAAUCUGAAUCAACUGAGACAUUCUCCCUGAGAACUAACCAACCUCUUGACCCUGCAACUCUUGCAAGCCCAGACAUCCUGUCAGACAUGUCAGACAUCAAAAUAUCUGCGGUUUUUACUACAGAUAUGUGUGAUGAGAGCGUUGGAGCUAGAGGACUCGAGGAAAAAGAAUCUUUAGUCAUUGUGGAACAGAUCAAAGACAGGCUAGGAAGGGUAGGAGACAUUCAAAAAGAUGGUGUGAACAACACUAGACAGAAGGCCCAACAAGAUGAUGCGAUAAAAUGUUCUCUCUAUGAAGCAAAGGCUUUUGAAGAACAAGUUCUACAGGAGACUUGCAGUGAGACAAAGAAUUUAAGUGGCUCAUACACAGAGGUCAGAGGUAUGACAAGCUUGGUCUCACAGUUAAGCAUGGACAUGGAAGAAUUCCUGGAACCGAGACCUGUUGUGACAUUUGCUUCUCAAGAAGAUCUUGUCCAAGAUAGAUCUGAACAGGGCAUUUUAAAGCGUGAUGGAAAACGUCGCCCGCCUGAUAUCAAGAAACCUAUUAGGAAGAAACUCAGAGACAGAGAGCGUUCUGCAUGUAGCAGCUCGGAGGGAGAGCUGGAAAGGAUGAGUUCUGUGGAGUCUUUAGAUGGCGAUGCUAUUCUUAAGGAGAGUGGCCUUGUGCCCACUCCAGUUAUGGAUCCUCCAGCUUCUCCUUUAGUGGUUGAGACACCUAUAGGAUCUAUAAAAGACAGAGUUAAAGCUUUACAGAACAAAGUUCAGGAAGAAGAGAUCCAAAAAAAUACUCAAAUUCUAACAUCUGACGCAAAAUCUUCUGUCACUAUGAAGAAGACGGAGGAAGUCAUGCCAGAACUCCCCAGGCUUCCCAAGUCCCCUAAAUCUCCCAGAUCUCAAACAGAAAGAUUGGAAGAGACUAUGUCUGUGAAGGACCUGAUGAAAGCAUUCCAAACUGGGCAGGACCCAUCAAAAAAUAAAUCUGGGCUUUUUGAACACAAAGCAAUGCCUUCUCCUUGUAUUUCAACAUUGACAUCAAUAGAUUCUGAAAAGGCACAGAAAUUGGAAGAAAGUCCUGUGGAGGAGCCAAAAUCACAAAUCCAAACUCAAAGCGUCCCAAUUUUCCAGCAACAGAGUGAUGUCAAGAAAUUGGACGAAACAGACAUAAACAAUGAACCAGUAAGCUUAAUUAGAGAUAACUCUAAAGAAUCACAACUGAUUUCAGACAGUGCUUGUAUUGCAAAGACAGUAACAUUUUCUGAUACAGUUCAAUGUUACGAUGGCAGUGUUAGCUCACAGAGAGAGGAGCCAGAGUUGACAGAGAAGGAGACUGUGUCUGUGAAGGAGCUGAUGAAAACAUUCCAAACUGGACAGGACGAGCCAAAAAAUAAAGCCGGGCCUUUUGACCACAAAGCCGUAGCUUCUUGUAUUUCAACAACAAUACCUAAAGAUUCUGAAGAAAUACAGACAACUAAACAAAAUCCUACACAGGGGCCAAAGUUGCAAAGCCAACCUCAGAGCAUUGUGAUUUUCUCCUCACAGAGUGAUUCCAACAUACAUGACAACAUAGAAGAUCAAUCAGUAAGCUUAAUCAGAAAUAACUCAGAUGGUACCCUUGUGGCAAAGACAGUAACAUUUGCUCAGACAGUUCAGUACGAUGCUGGACAUAUCAGCCCACAGCAAGAAAUGCCAGAGUUGUCAAAGAAGCAGACAGUGUCUGUUAAGGAGCUGAUGAAAACAUUCCAGACCGGGCAGGCUCCCUCAAAGUCUAGAGUGGAACUUUUUGAACACAAGGCUGUGCCUUUGUCUGUUUCAAGAUUAAUAUCUUAUUCAGGAGAUUCUAAAGAGAUUGAGACCACUAAACAAAGUGUUAUACAAGAGCCAAACUUACAAAUCGAAACUCGGACCCAUACUGGGCAGGACUGUUUGAAAAGAAAGGCUGAACCGUUUGAAUCAGUUGGGCCUGAAGAGACUCAGAGGACUGAAAACUCCAUGCAGGAGUCAAAGUUGAAAACUGAAAUGGAGAAUAUCACCAUUUUCCAAUCACAGGGUCGAAAACUGGAUUUAGAGGCUCAAACAGAAGGGUUAGCGGCAGAUGAUUCUGAGGAAUCACAACAGAUAUCAGGUAUUCCUGGAGAAACUCCAAACAGAAGAACUCAGUUUGAUGGUGGAAUGUUUAACCCUCAGAGAGACGAAGGACAGUUGUCUGUGAGGGGUCAAAGCAGGAUGAGGUUAGAAGAACCAGUCAGAAGCAUUGUUAGGAGUUUUUCUGAAGAAACCCAGAUCAGCCCUGAUCGGAGACCCUCAGAGGACUUCAGUGCAGACAUAAAGGCUGAGCUGGAGGAAAGUCCUGAGUAUCAGCUGUUCAAGCAGUCAUCAGCAGCUGCAAAUCCAGCAUCCAUCCACAGUCCAUGUUUGAAAACAUAUUUUGGAGAAGAUGAAAGUCUUGAGAGUCCUGAGAGUCCAAAGCAUGAGGGCAUGGCUGAAUCCUCAGACACUGAUGUUGAUGUGUGGGUGUCUCAUUCCUUUUCAGAGGAGAGAGGAAUUUCUGAAGGAUUAACAGUGACCCACCAAAUGACCGAUGAAAUGUUCACUUCCUCUACUAAAAGAAAGGAGAAGCACAUCAUACAUUCACUGGAAGAGAAGGUUUAUGAAGCAAGUAAGGAAAAUACAACAAUUGAUCAUGGAAGCAACCGACACCUUUCACAAACUGACACAGAAGUAACAGAGAGCAAAAUCAAGGAGUCACCACUUCAAGAAUUCCAUAUAUCAAAGAAAGCUUCUAGCCAGGCAUCCUCAUCAGAAAAAGACGUGUCAGGAAUGUUGCUUUUGAUGAAUAGGGACUUGGAUCAGUAUCUGCAAGCCAGACCCGUGGAAAGGCAGACAUCAGGAGAAGAUAUUGUUCAGGAAAGGUUUGAACAAGUUAUCCUAACAAAGGACAUCGAUGAAGAAAUGUACACAUUUGUCGUCGAUGAAAAUGAAGAAUCAAUAAUGGAUGUAACAACACAAAAAAAUAAUGAAGUCACAAGGGUAGGUCAAGAAGUGGUGAGUACCUUUACAGGAACCCAAGAAACUGUGACUGAAAAACAAGCCAUGAAGGAAGAGUGGCUAGGGAAGAAGACUUCAUAUGAACCAUCUACCAAAGCAAAGGAGAUGUCAGGUAUGCAGUCACUGCUGAGCAGUGACUUAGACAAAUACCUUAAGGACAGGCCAGUGAAAAGUGGGCAUCCAGAGGAGGACAUUGUUCAGGAGAACUUCGAGCAAGCUAUUCACACCAAAAUCCGCAAGUCCUCAAGUGCCAGUGUAGAGGAUGAGAUUAAUGUAGAGACACAUGGACAGACAGUGACUGACGUGGUUAAAGUCAAAGAACAAGCACCAAAUAUUGUGUUGGAGACUCCAUUCCAAGAAGUCUGCAUAGAGAAAAAGGCCUACAUACAACAGCCUAAAACUGAAAAUAAUAUUUCAGGGAUGUUGUCACUCCUCAGUGAUGACUUGGAUCAAUAUCUCAAGGAAAAGUCAUUGAAACUACAAAGCCAACUAGAGGAGGGUAUAGUCCAUGAGAGCUGCAAACAAUUUAAACUGACAAAUGACAAUUUAGAUAGCCAGACUGAAGAAGAGGCAAAUAUAGAUCUGCAGACUGAUGUAGUUGGAGUCGUCGAAUUAACACCAAGUUUGAUGUUGGAGACUCCAUUCCAAGAAGUUCACAUCGAGAGAAAAGAACACCAUCAUCAGUCUACAACAGAGAAGAAUAUGUCAGGCAUGUUGUCACUUCUCAGUAGUGACUUGGAUCAAUAUCUCAAGGAACGACCAGCGACAAUACAACGGCACUCAGAAGAGGAUCUAGUUAAUGAGAGCUGCAAAGAAAUGAAACUGACACGCUAUCAACUAGAGGACAGGAUGACGGGAGAAGCAAAUGAUGACCAGCAAACUGAUGUAGUAGGAGUCAAGGAGUUAACAUCAAGCAAGGUGUUGGAGAUUCCAUUCCAAGAAGUUCACCUCGAGAGAAAGGAAGAGCAAAAAGAGCCUACAACUGAAAAGAACAUGUCAGGCAUGUUGUCACUUCUCAGUAGUGACUUGGAUCAACAUCUCAAGGAAAGACCAGCAACAACACAACGCCACUCAGAAGAGGAUCUAGUCCAUGAAAGCUGUAAAGAAAUGAAACUGACAGGUGAUCAUUUAGAGGACAAGAUGGAGGGAGAAGCAAAUGAUGACCUGCAGACUGAUGUAGUUGGAGUCAAGGAACUAACAUCAAGCAAGGUGUUGGAGAUUCCAUUCCAAGAAGUUCACAUCGAGAGAAAAGAACACCAACAACAGUCUACAACUGAGAAGAACAUGUCAGGCAUGUUGUCACUUCUCAGUAGUGACUUAGAUCAACAUCUUAAGGAAAGGCCAGUGACAAUACAAUGCCCGUCAGAGGAGGAUCUAGUCAAUGAGAGCUGCAAAGAAAUGAAAGUGACAGGUGAUCAUGUAGAGGACAAGAUGGAGGGAGAAGCAAAUGAUGACCUGCAAACUGAUGUAGCUGGAGUCAAGGAACUAACAUCAAGCAAGGUGUUGGAGAUUCCAUUCCAAGAAGUUCACAUCAAGAGAAAAGAACAACAACAGUCUGCAACAGAGAAGAACAUGUCAGGCAUGUUGUCACUUCUCAGUAGUGACUUGGAUCAAUAUCUGAAGGAAAGACCAGCAACAACACAACGCCACUCAGAAGAGGAUCUAGUCCAUGAGAGCUGCAAAGAAAUGAAACUGACAGGUGAUCAUUUAGAGGACAAGAUGAAGGGAGAAGCAAAUGAUGACCUGCAAACCGAUGUAGUUGGAGUCAAGGAGUUAACAUCAAGCAAGGUGUUGGAGAUUCCAUUCCAAGAAGUUCACCUUGAGAGAAAGGAAGAGCAAAAAGAGCCUACAACUGAAAAGAACAUGUCAGGCAUGUUGUCACUUCUCAGUAGUGACUUAGAUCAAUAUCUCAAGGAACAACCAGCGACAAUACAACGCCACUCAGAAGAGGAUCUAGUCCAUGAAAGCUGCAAAGAACUGAAACUGACAGGUGAUCAUUUAGAGGACAAGAUGGAGGGAGAAGCAAAUGAUGACCUGCAAACUGAUGUAGCUGGAGUCAGGGAACUAACAUCAAGCAAAGUGUUGGAGAUUCCAUUCCAAGAAGUUCACCUCGAGAGAAAGGAAGAGCAAAAACAGUCUACAACUGAGAAAAACAUGUCAGGCAUGUUGUCACUUCUCAGUAGUGACUUAGAUCAACAUCUUAAAGAAAGGCCAGUGACAGUAAAAUGCCCCUCAGAGGAGGAUCUAGUCAAUGAGAGCUGCAAAGAAAUGAAACUGACAGGUGAUCAUUUAGAGGACAAGAUGGAGGGAGAAGCAAAUGAUGACCUGCAAACUGAUGUAGCUGUAGUCAAGGAACUAACAUCAAGCAAGGUGUUGGAGAUUCCAUUCCAAGAAGUUCAUAUCAAGAGAAAGGAAGAGCAAAAAGAGUCUACAAUUGAGAAGAACAUGUCAGGCAUAUUGUCACUUCUCAGUAGUGACUUAGAUCAGCAUCUUAAGGAAAGACCAGUGACAAUACAAUGCCUCUUAGAAGAGGAUCUCGUCCAUGAAAGCUGCAAAGAAAUGAAACUGACAGGUGAUCAAUUAGAGGACAAGGUAGAGGAAGAAAUAAAUGAUGACCUGCAGGCUAAAACCUCACCAAAUGCAGAAAGACAUUAUAUUGACUCUGCUGAAGGGACAGUCAAGUCAUUUGCAACAAUGGAUGACUGUAAAAUCGAUCAUGAAGAUGUCGAUGUGGCUUAUUCUCAUUCAGUUCUCAAAACACACGAUUACUUGCAACUACAAAGUAGUUACAGCACACCACAACGGCCAUCUGAUUUGGAAGACCUAAACACUGUCGAGUUUGAAGACCCAGGUAAAGAGUCGUGUCAUCGAGAUUCACUAGAGGCAAGUCCUCUCUUGGAGGAUAGAUCUUCAAAUAAAUCCCCUGAUUCAAUUGAGCCAAGUCCUACCAAAGAAUCUCCUUGUCCAGACUCUCUUGAGGGAAGUCCUACUCAAUUAAAGAACGCAGAACUUCAAAUGUCAGCCAAGACAGCUGUGUAUGAGGAUUAUGCUUCCCAGCUCCAGUCAUGUUUUUCUUAUGACAAAAAUAUUUACACAGAUGAAAGUGACCAAGGUGAGCAAGAACGCAAUAUUGAGAUAAUCCAAAUGCAAGACUCUCUUGACAGAGAUGAUAAUGAUGAUGAACCCACCAAUACACAGUUCACCCCAGAAGAGGAGAUGUUUAAAAUGGCUGCAAAGAUCAAAACAUUUGACUCUCUUGAGGCAAGUCCUACUCAAUUAAAGAACACAAAACUUCAGAUGUCAGCCCAGACAGCUGUGUAUGAGGAUUAUACUUCCCAGCUCCAGGCAUGUUUUUCUUAUGACAAAAAUAUUUACACAGAUGAAGGUGAGAAUGGUGAGCAAAAACGCAAUAUUGAGAUAAUCCAAAUGAAGGACUCUCUUGACAGAGAUGAUAAUGAUGAUGAACCCACCAAUACACAGUUCACCCCAGAAGAGGAGAUGUUUAAAAUGGCUGCAAAAAUCAAAACAUUCGAGGAAAUGGAACAGGAAUCCAAAAUGAAGAGAGAUGCAACUACACUAUCAGAGACUGGUGAUCUUGAUGAUGGUGAACUAGAUCUAAGAUUUGGGCCAGAUAUGUCUUCCUCGCAAGAUAUAGUGCAGAAAGAUGAUGAAAAACGUGUGACAGACAGCGCUAAAGGACUUGAUAAGGCAGCAGAUGCCAGUUUGUGUGUUAAGGAGAUGACAGAGAAUCCAUCACAACUUCAAUCUACUUGUUUUUUAGAUGAUUCAUUGUGUUUAACUGCAACUCAGAAAGAGGAACCUGAUCAAGAAGGUGUAGAGUCCGUGUCACUGUUUGCGGAAAGAGAAGCAGAAAUACACAAGGAUAGAGACACCAUAAAAGGUGAGCCUUCACCAGUCACGGACACACAUUUUUCCUGCAUUGCAAAAGAAAAGGACAAUUCAGAUGAAGACAAAGAAGUGGAAUCGCCAGUGUCAGACGGUUCAGGUUCUCUCAGCAAACCUGAGGCUAUAGGAUCUGCAAACAAACUAGAGUAUGUUUUAGGAUGUGAGGGUGACAACACACAGGUCAAAGCUGAGGAACUAUUAAAUUAUAGUCCUGCAGAGGACAGAAAAACACCUGAUACAAAAUUUGUUCAAACACCAGGUGAUGAGAGAUCUCCUGAUCCAUUUCAGUUUCAAGAGGGGAAGCUUUUUGAAAUGACCAGAGGUGGAGCUAUUGAUAUGACAAGGAGAAGCUUUGAUGAAGAAGUGGAUGGUUAUGCCUUUUUUCAUAUUGGAGAACAUCCAGUUGAUGAAGUUAUUCCAGAAGAAGCUGAAGAAGCCCACACAAGAUCUUUGACUUUACCAAAAAGGGAUUCAGAUUCAGAGGCAGCAUUUCAAGAGAUCCUAAAAUCACAUCCAAAAGAGGAUGUCAGUGACGAAAUUCCUCAUCCCAAACCCAGAACUCUCAUCAAACGGUCAAGUGACAAGGCAGAGCCUGAGAAGACACUUGCUAAUCUUGACAUCUCCACAGAGAUUCAGCCUGGUGCUACCAGUGCUUUGGAGAGUCUAACAAAUGUUAAAGCUGAAGCUGAAAGCCUUAAAAGCCUUGGACUAGACUAUCUAGACUCUACCAUAGCUGACCUUCAGUCAGACACAUCCACAUUUGCCCAUUCUGUGUACACGGAGCAGAGCCAUGAUUUCUCAGACUCCUCUCCUGAUGAUGAUGAUGAUGAUGAUGAUGAUGAUGUGGAAGAAGAUGAAGAAGACCAGUGUUCAGUCAUAGAGAUGACAAUUUCAGCUGCACAGCUUGACAUAAAAGCAAGUCAUCAGGAAACCCUCCCACCUUUGGCAAUCAAAUCAGCCACCACAAUUAAAGAGAUUAGCCAUUUCAAAUUGGAAAAACAUGUGAAAGGGUCACAGAUAUCUGAGCUUGAUCAGGCAGAUAAAAGCAGAACGUUGGUUCGUAGGACUAGAUCUGAGGUUAGUACCACAAGUAAAACCUCUAAUAAAGACAGGAGUUAUUCUGACAGCUGUGAUCCCACUAAUAAAUCCAGCCUGUCUCCGUCCAAACUUGGAGACAUGAUGCAACAAAAACCUCCAUUUCAUAUGUUCUCCCCAAGCUCUUCCACAAGGGAAGACGUCCAACUGUCCAGGACUGUAGAAACAUCUGUUAGGUCCUCUUUGGAUACUGAUGAACCAAGCAGCUCUAGUCACAAGAGUCCAGAUUCUGUUAUCUUCACAUAUGAAACUCCAGCCUCACACAGUUCAGAUUCUGAUAGUAAUCUGUUGCCAGUUGUGCAUCCGUCUUGUGCGACAGAGGAUGUAUUUGAAUCCAGGCCUGCUUGGGAUGACACAGUGGAAACUCAGAUGCAGAAAAUCAUCGAUGACCAAACUCCAGAGUGUACGGCAGUUGAUUGGCAGGAUGAUGCUGACAGGAAAGAGGAAACAUUAGCUAUCAUUGCAGAUCUUCUUGGCUUCAGCUGGACUGAACUGGCAAGAGAACUUGAAUUCAGUGAGGAUGACAUUCAGCUAGUAAGAACAGAGAAUCCCAAUUCUCUCCAAGAGCAGAGCCAUGCCUUGCUGCAGCGCUGGGUUGAGCGGGAAGGCAAACAUGCCACAGAGGACUGCCUGAUUAAGAGACUAACCAAGAUCAACCGCAUGGACAUUGUUCAUCUUAUUGAAACCCAGAUGAACAAGUCAGUUCAAGAGCAAACAUCCAGAACUUAUGCAGAAAUAGAGAAGACACUGGAUCACAGUGAAGUGUCAGUAGCCCUAUCUUCAGUGCAAGAGGAUGUAGACAGCCCCAGAAUCGUGAGAAGAGUGGAGUCAGACCGCAGACCACCCCCAGCUGUUUCUGAAGAAGACCUCUCUGUUGCUUCCCUACUGGAUAUCCCUUCAUGGGCAGAGCCUGUUGGACACACACCCUCAGAGAGCAUGCAUGGUGACCUACUGGAGGAGCUUGAGAUCCCACAUGAAUUGAACCCUAACCUAUGGACCUCUGAGGAUGUAAUUACACAAGAACCUGCAAUUUACAACAACUCAGAUGAGCAAGUAUCAACUGCAUCUUCCAAGACAAAUAUUUCACAAUCUCCUGAACAAAACAAUGUUGAUUUAGGACAGAGUCAGGUCAUUCUACCUGAAACACCAUCUUUGGCAUAUGAUUUAAACACACUUUCUACUGAAAAACUAGAAUUACCGAUUUCAGGUUCUUCUGACAUAGGUAAAACACAAAAGGAUAAGCAGCUCUCAUUCCCUAAACAAAGUGAAGAUUCUGUCUUAUCUAAACCAAGCUCACUGACCCAAGACUCCCUCUGUCAAACUGCUCAAGACAAUCCAGAUGUUUCCACCAUCAUGUCCUCAGAGUCCACGCAAAUGCCAUCAAAGUCUGGGUCCCCUCAGCUUGACCAGCUUCUGUCAGAUCUGGAGGAUAUGAAACUUAAGUUUAGACCAGAGAUACUGGACCCACCGCUUUCAGAAUUCACUGAUGAAAGUGCUGAAUCUGAAGAUGCUGCAUUUGAAGAUCGAUGCCGUACAGAAAGUCAGGAAUCUUUAAGAGCCGGCAUGUCAUCAUUUGUGCAGCUUGCAGAAGAUACCCAAACAAAUGUAGCAGCCACACAGCCAGCACAUUUCCAUCAAGUUGAACCUGAAGUGGUAACAGUCAGUUCUGAUAUAACUUCUGAGACAAGUGUAAUAUCAAGCAUUGAUAUUCAUAAAGACAGUCCUGUAUCACCUACUGAGUCCUUCUCAAUCCCAGAAUCUCCCCAAAACCUAUGUGAAGAAAUGGAGCCAACUAUUCAUGAUGAUAUGUUCCAGUCAAGCAGAACUGAUGGAAAUGCUACUGAGACCCUUCCUUCAGGAGCUGCAGUGAGUCAGCAUGACAUACUAGAGAAAAAUCUAACUAAUCUUUGUCAGGAAGACUCUACAACUGAUGUUCCUCAAAGUCGAGAAAGACACGAAUCAACUACACCAUCUAAUGAUUUAAAGAGUUUGACAGAAGAAACAUCAUCACAGAGUGUCCCAGAUCAACUCCCACAUUUAUGGAAAGCAGCCUCUGUUGAAACCACUCAGAGUGAAGAUAUUUCUUCUCGGUCUCUUUCUGAUUUGACUCCUGAGACUGUUACAUGUGCAAGACAUUUCAGUUUUGAGGAACUGAUGCCGUACUCCUCCUCAGGCAACUUGGUCACAUCUUCAGAUGAGGACAGGCCAAGGACCAGUGGACCGUAUUCAGAAGACUCUCUGACUCCAAUAGACUAUGAAUGUUUUGACUCGGAGUCCACUUUAGACAAACCCAAAACUGAGAUGACUUCAUCAGCCUCUGAUGAGGAGUACAGUAUUCCGCCUGGGUACGCAGAAGUAGUGCAUAGCAGUGCAGACAGCCCCACCUGUGAAUAUUCUGACCCAGAGCCUUACUUUGACUGCAGACAAGCUUCAUCUGAUUUCUCAGAGCCUGAGCUUGGGGAACCUGAGUCAAAGGCUGGGCCAAGGGAAAGCCAGCCUCAGGAUCCGCCAGAAAAGGUGAAUCAAAAAGUGCUGUUGUCUUCUGGAAGUGAAGAUUACGAAGAUGCCCCUUUUGUUCAUGAGCCUCUUCAUGAUCUACAAAAAGAGAGUGAAGAGUUACCACACUUUUCAGAAACAUCAGAUGAAGAAUUCACCUUGUGUGAAUCUUCACAACCGCCUCCUGUCUGUGAAAGUGGAGCAUAUGAUGAUACUGAUAAAUCUCUGGCAAGGGAGAUCACCGCAGAGCUCGGAUCAAUGUCAGAAAGUUCAGAUGAUGAAUUUGUGACUACCAGAAUAGUACGAAGGAGAGUUGUCAUCCAGGCUGAUGAAAUGCCCGACCUCCCCACUCAGUCAGUGACAGAAGAAAAGUACAGGGACGAAAAUGGACACAUGGUUGUCAAAAAGGUCACCCGUAAAGUUAUUCGUAAGUGUGUGUCUGCGGAUGGCGUGGAGCAUGAAGAGAUGACAUUAGAAGGAGCUUCUCAGGGGUCCGUCACUCUGCCAGAAGGAGACGGUUACUCCAAGGUGGUGAAGCGAACUGUACUGAAGAGUGAUGGUGACCACACAGAGGUAACGUUUGCUGAAAAUGAGGGUCUCUCAUCAUCAAGGCAGGAGACAGCUGAUGAUUGUAAGGUCAGUCACGUAGAAAGGACAACAGUGGUGGAGGGUGUAAGAACAAUGACACACCGAGGUGAUCCGACUUUGGCCUCUGACCUCCCCUCAGCCCGAGAUGACUUCAAACAGGCACUUGGUUAUUUCAAUGGUUUGAGCAUAACAGAGCUCCCUCAUGUGGUAGAAAGAGAGACUGUCAGAGAGGAUGGAACUGUGGUCAGGAGGGCCCACAUGCGUAAAGGCCGCACCCUCAGACGAACAGUGGUGAAGGGAGCUGGGCAGCACGAAAAUGUCCUUCUAGGGCAAGUGGACAACCCUGGUAAAGGGUCCAAACCUCGUGAUCUCCAGCAGCAUCUCCACCAGCUCUUUCACCGCUACUACCAAGAAGAAAAGGGGGACAGUGAUGAGGAUGAAGAGGAGGAGGAGGAAGAGUAGAAGAAUGAGUGACACUCUCCCCCCACUCUCUGGCUCUGCACAUGCUAAAGUCCCUGCUAAUCCUAUGCAUUAGCCACAUGCAAUCCCAGUGUGCACCACAGCACCUCAAAGCUACCACAGUCUUCCCAUUUAGGUCCUGGAAGAUGACUUUUUGUUCACAAUUUAGAGUUUUCUUCCCUGGCUGGUUAUUAUGUAUUCAGGAUUUUCUUUUCAUGUUCUGGUGUUGUUUUGCCAUUUUUUGUGACCAAAGAAAGCCUUCUGUUGUUUUCCUGAUUCACUUUACUUUCCAUGUCUGAUACUUGUGUCUUGAUCCUGUGAUAGAGCAACAACAACAACAACAAAGAAACAAAGAAAACAGUGGAACACUAUUCACAUCAACUAACUCACAAACCUCCUGAAGGUAAAGAACACUUUACAAAAUGCUGGUACUGCUCUCCGAGUAGGUGCUUGGACUGAAAGACAAUAUUUCACAUUGCACUGCCUCUCACAACUAGAGCUUCUCAGAUAUUCAUUUCUGACAACAACAACAAAAAAAACCACUCUCUCACUCACUGUACUAGCCUCUCUGCUUUUUGGAUUCAGGUGGUCAAGAUGUCACACAGAAAAAUCAGACUGUAUCGACACUGAAUUUAACUGCUGCUGUUGUGUUUCGUGUAGACUACGUGUAAUCUGUCUUUGGAAAUGAUAUAUUAUCUAUAAUCUAAACAUUAAUGACAUCUGUAGCCUAGGAAUUAAUAAUCACUCAUGUGAAGUAGAACAGGCAUGACUAAUCAACAUCUGUCAGUUUGAUCCUAGCUUUGACUGCUUUGUUAUUCUAUGGAUUGUCCUUCUGCCUUUCUUUCCCCUCUUCUCUAUGUGUCUUUCUUUCCAUCUUUCUUAUUAUGUUUCACUCUUUUUUGGGGGGCGUUUUCUCUUAAAUUGUUGAUCUUGACUCAUAUUGUGGGGAUGGUGACUGUGUGAGUGAGGUUAGACUGUAGGUACUGUAUGUUUGAGCCUGUGUUGAUACUGGAUUCACUGCUGGUUUGAAGAGAGUAUUGCGUGAUUUUAAAUUGUUGUUUGAAGAUGUCUUAUUUUAGAGUUUAUUUUUGAUUUUUGGUUUAGUUUACAUGUUAAUAUAUAGAACUUAUUUAAGCUUUGAUUUUAAUGAGAAAUCCCUCAGAAUUUGCCAAUGGGGCACAAAUCAUCACAGCUGUUCUAGAGACAUAUUUCUGAAGCUACAUUUGUGGUUCCUAACUGUUUUAUUCAAUGUGAAAUUUGAUCAGUUUAUCUUUUCAACCAGGUGUUAGAAGUGUGAGAUGUUGGUGAAUGAAUGAGUCUGUGCGUGUGCCAGUUUCUGUUAGCAAAGAAAAGAAAUGUUUAUUUUACACAACUCGCAUUUGCACUCCUGAAUGUCAGAAGGGGACGCCUCCAUGCUUCUUGUGCACAGGUACAGAGGUACAGUAGAUCUUAGCCACAGGGGUCGUCUCGUUUUGGAGGAACUGGUGAUAGAUACAAGAUAAUGAUACACAGACACGAGGGAGGUUGAGAGCUUAAACGUAUGAUUAUCCACAGCUCUGAGCAUCGCUACGGUAUGUAUCUACAACAUGUAAUGUAUUUAUUUCACUAUCACUGUUUACUUUGUGAUUUAGAAAAAAAUGUAAAAUGCAAAUUUAGUGAAAGUUCACUGUGAUAGGUAUGCUUUUAAUUUGAAGAAUCAGCAUCCCUUUUCUGUGAUGAUGACAGUUAUAUACAUAUACAGUGCAUAUAUAAAUAUCUAUAAGGGCAUGUAUUACUGUAUCAGAAUUCAAAAAGACAAAAACAAAAUGGCUGCAGUGUAUCUAUGGCUGAUAGAGAAUAAAAGUCUACAAAUGUA